UCAUUUCCCGGAUAUCCCCGCUAAGGAACAACACUCAUGCCCAAGGUAUUGGAAGGCAUCACCGUGCUCGAACAGGGCACUUUCAUCACCGGGCCCGCGGCGGGAAUGCUGCUGGCGGACCUGGGCGCCAAGGUCAUCAAGAUCGAGCAGCCCGUCACCGGCGAUCCAUUUCGCGCCUUCAAGGGCGGCCUGUACAGCCCGCACUUCCAGACCUACAACCGCAACAAGCGCAGCAUCACGCUGAACACCAAGGAAGCCGAAGACGCCAAGGUCUUUGAUGCGCUGGUCCAGGACGCCGACGUCUACAUCCAGAACUUCCGGCCGGGCGCGGCCGAACGCCUGGGUGCGGGCGAGAGCCGCCUGCGGGCGCUCAACCCGCGGCUGGUUUACUGCGCGAUCAGCGGCUUCGGCCAGACCGGGCCGGCGGCGGGCCGGCCCGCGUAUGACACCGUGGCGCAGGCCGCGAGCGGCUUCCUGAACCUGCUGGUCAACCCCGAGAACCCGCGCAUUGUGGGGCCGGCGAUCGCCGACGCGCUGACCGGUUUUUACGCCGCCUACGGCAUCCUGGGCGCACUGGUCGAGCGCGGCAGGACCGGCGUGGGGCGCUCGGUGGAGGUCUCCAUGCUCGAAGCCAUGUGCCACUUCAACCUGGACGCCUUCACGCAUUUUUUUUGCCGAGGGCGAAGUCAUGGGCCCUUACAGCCGGCCCAGCGUUUCGCAGUCCUAUACCUUGAAGUGUUCCGACGGCAAGUGGGUGGCGCUGCACAUGUCCUCGCCCGAGAAAUUCUGGCACGGCCUGGCACAGGCGAUAGAGCGGCCCGACAUCUUUGACGACGCGCGCUUCAGCUCGCGCGAAGCGCGCAUCGCGCACCAGGACCAGCUGAUCGCGCUGCUGGGCGGCAUCUUUGCCACGCGCCCGCGUGCCGAGUGGUGCCAGCGGCUCGAAUCGCAGGACGUGCCCUAUGCGCCCAUGUACGACACCAGCGAAGCGCUGCAGGACCCGCAGGCCAGGCACCUGCAGCUGGAAAUCCAGGGCAUACACCCGGUGUUGGGCAAAUGGACCACGGUGCGCUCGCCGGUCAGUUUUGACGGUGUGCGCCCCACCGACGUGGUGCCGCCGCCCAUGCUGGGCGAGCACAGCGCCGAAAUCCGCGCCUCGCUGGCAGGG